GAGAAAACUUGAUAUGUCCAUAAUUUUAAUACACACAAAAAUGUCAUUGUGAUCUUACAUGGCUGUUGAAAUAUUAUAACUCUGUCACAAUCUUAUGGAGAUUUAACGUUUUACAUCCCUCUUACAUCAAUGGUUUUUUCCAUCAUGGAUGCCACUCGCUGACGUUUAUCCCAUUAUAGUCAGGCGUCAGGUACCCAUCACCAUGAGCGAGCUGAAGGACUGCCCCCCUCUGAAGUAUUAUGACUUCAAGCCAGUGGAGCACGUCAAGGUGUGUCCCCGGUACACUGCUGUGUUGGGCCGCUCAGAGGACGAUGGGAUUGGAAUCGAGGAGCUGGACACUUUGCAGCUGGAGUUGGAGACGCUCUUGUCCUCCGCCAACCGCCGCCUCCGAGCUCUGGAGGAGCAGAGACAGAUCCUCACAGACUGGCAGGACAAGAAGGGAGACAAGCGGUUCCUGAAGCUAGGGAAAGACCCGGACCCUGCUGCGUCAUCUCGCCACAAACCAAAGAAGCAGAAAUUCGACGGCAAGAGUAGUCAUGCGCCAGGACCGGGCCCCGGCAGGCCAAAAUCCAAAAACCUGCAGCCAAAAGUCCAAGAAUAUGAAUUUACAGAUGAUACUCAAGACAUUCCCCGCACUCCUAAAAAUGAUGCUCCCAACAGGUUCUGGGCAUCUGUUGAGCCAUAUUGUGCUGACAUAACAAAUGAAGAGAUCCGCUUGCUGGAGGAACUUCUAAAGUCCCCAGAUGAUGAAGCAGAGUACUUUAAAAUUCCGGCUUUGGGGAAACACUACUCACAGCGGUGGGCUCAGGAGGAUCUGCUGGAGGAGCAACGAGAAGGAGCUCGGGCCAACGACAAGAAGAAAGGUCUUUUGGGAGGUCCGCUGUCUGAACUUGAUGCAAAAGAUGUGGACUCUUUGCUGAAGAAGGCCGAGUCCCAACACGAGUCCCCGGAAGACGGCUGUCCCUUCGGUCCGCUCACUCAACGUCUGCUGCAGGCUCUGGUGGAGGAGAACAUUAUAUCCCCCAUGGAAGAUUCUCCUAUACCAGACAUUUCCGGGAAGGAUGCUAAUGAUGGAGCUGGGACCUCUCCUCGAAGCCAAGCAAAAGCUUUUAGCGCUCCUCACACACGUUCCCUGGAAGCUCGGAUCAAAGAGGAGCUGAUUGCUCAGGGACUCCUGGACUCUGAGGAGCAACCUGGUCCGGGAGGAGACUGUGAGGAUGAGGUCCUGGUGGAGCUCCAGAAGAGGCAGGCGGAGCUCAAAGCCCUGAUUGCUCACAAUAGAGCUCGCAAGCAGGAGCUGCUGAGGUUGGCAAAAGAGGAGAUGCACAAGCAGGAGCUGAGGCAAAGAGUCAGGGUAUCUGACAACGAGGUCAUGGAGGGAUUUCGGCGAAUCAUGGCAGCCAGACAAAAGAAGCGUACUCCAACCAAGAAGGAGAAAGACCAAGCCUGGAAAGCUCUGAAGGAGCGGGAAAGCAUACUGAAGUUACUGGAUGGAUGAAGUCACACACACUGCUGCAUCUGAAACUUGGACUGAUGGAAGAUGAAAGAUGGACGUCCUUGCAGGUGGCAUGGAAGCAUUUUUCUGGUACUUACGUCCAUUAUUCCUCACACUUUUUUCUUAUUUUGUUCAUUUUUGUUCUUAUGUCGCCCUUUUGUCUUGAAAACAGUGUUUGUAUAUGUAAUGACCAUUAAAGGCUGUUGUAUAUG